CGUCGCUGUGGCGCCGGGAGCGCCUCCCUGUCCCUGCGGCACCGGGAACCGCGCCGGGAGCGUGGCCGUGCCCCUGCGGCCCUGGGAGCAGUGGGAGGCGCGGGCCCCGACAUAAGUUACUUCAUUUGCUGCUCCAGAUGUUGGUUUGGAAGAGCCAGAAUAGUGCUCGGUGGGCUUGAAAGGAGACUUGCACAGGUUCACGGAGACUGUCGUUUGACAAAAAUACUCCAGGUGAUGAUAGAAACAACCACCUGAAAGGAGGUUGUAGCCAGUGUGAAGUAUCACCUUUCAUCCAAGAUAAUGUUACUGUGCUGAGUUUUCUUGAUAAGCACUUCCUUUAGGUUAAAGUCAUAUUUUGUCACAAUUGAAGAGCAGACAAUACUAUGGCUCCAUGAGUCUCAAAACGGCAGGAAGUGCAGCAGCACUCCCUACCUCCAGCUUUACUUCCUUGCUGUGACGUUCUUACUGGGAACUGUGGUUUCAUCCCCACUGGAUAUGCAGUGACCUGCCUUGGCAUCAGAGCAGAGGAAGCUGUCUGUGGACCAGGGAAAGCCAUGGCGUUGGGCUUGAAUGUUUUUAACCUCUUCUACAAGUUCAAAGUGUUGGUGCUUGUCACUUUAUUUGUGAUGGUGCUAUGGACCACAUUCAGUUACUUAGUGGACACCAGACAAGAAAUUCCUAAAGCUAAGAGCAUGGUGGAGUUUUUCAGGAAGGUGACUAGCCUGGAGCACAGUCAGAAGGAAGAGAAGAUUGAAUCCACUGAAGACGUUCCCACAGUGGAGUCAUUUCAGAGUCCCUGCCCAGCUCUGUCUCCGUACCUGCGAGGUGCCAGCAAACUCUCCUUCAAACCCUCUGUUACACUGGAAGAAGUGCAAAAGGAGAACCCUCAGGUAGCCAAGGGCCGGUACCACCCUGCGGAGUGCUCGGCCCUGCAGCACGUGGCCAUCCUUAUCCCGCACCGCAACCGAGAGAAGCAUCUCCUCUACCUCCUGCAGCACCUGCACCCCUUCCUGCAAAGGCAGCAGCUGGACUAUGGCAUCUACGUCAUUCACCAGGCUGGCAACACCAAAUUUAAUCGAGCCAAACUGCUGAAUGUAGGAUACCUAGAGGCCCUAAAAGAAGCAAACUGGGACUGUUUCAUUUUCCAUGAUGUGGAUCUGGUGCCAGAAAAUGACUUUAACAUUUACAUGUGUGACACACAACCAAAGCACCUUGUAGUUGGCAGGAACAAUACUGGAUACAGGUUACGGUACCGGGGAUAUUUUGGAGGUGUAACUGCUCUUACAAGAGAUCAGUUUUCCAAGGUGAAUGGAUUCUCUAACAACUACUGGGGUUGGGGUGGAGAAGAUGAUGACCUUCGAAUCAGGGUUGAGAUGCAGAAGAUGAAAGUGGUGAGGCCACCUGCUGAUGUGGCCCGAUACACGAUGAUCUUCCACAACCGUGACCACGGUAACGAGGAGAAUCGGGAGAGGAUGAAGCUUCUCCGUCAGGUCUCUAGAACAUGGAAGAUGGAUGGGCUGAAUUCCUGUUCCUAUAAACUGCUCUCCAUGGAACACAACCCACUGUACAUCAACAUCACGGUGGACUUCAGUGUGCAGCCCAAGGUCUCAUAGGGGCCAGCAGCUCCCAGGUGGUAGGAAAUGGCAACAGAUCUCCUUUGUGGCUGCUGUUAGAGCAGAUGACUUCCAGCACCUGCUUGCAGCUCAGUAGCACAGGAGAAAGCAAAGUGUUCCUUCACAGCAUCUCAUUGAGUGGUUGAGAGUUUCCUUUUGUGAGGACUGGAGUUAUGGACUGACCCAAGUGACAGGUCCUCGUGUUCUUCUAUGCACUUUUUGCUGGGACCUUGGAAAAAGUGUCCUUGUUUGGGCUGGUCCAGUGGAAGGACUUGAACCAAGUCCCUGAAAAAAAAAAAUUGGUUUUGCAACUAUUUCUGAAGUUAGUUGUGGUCUUGUUAAAAGCACAAUAAUUCUUCAAGAACUACAAAUUUGAUAAGAAAAGUUCAUUUUUUCUAGUCUAAGGAAAAACUGCUUAUUUGUGAGGGAAGGGCAGUAAUGGUAACGGGCGAGGAGAUGUUACAGAUUUCUCAAUAAAUGCAGUCGACUGAA